CUUUCCUCUAUAUAUAACAAUCAGUACUACAAGCUUGUUGAUUUGUGUUCUAGAUCUCUUUAACUAUAUUUAUUUAUCUCUAGAGCUAUAUAUCCAAUUUAUUCUCUUUCAUUCCUUGAAUGAAAAUGGAGAGUAGCGUCGAGGAGGAGGCACAAACUCCGCCGCCGCCGCCUAAAGUUGACUUGCGUAGGCUUGGCAGUGGCGGGAGCGUCGUCCUGGAUCCUGAGGUGGGCGCCGAAGCAGAGUCGUCCCGCAAGAAGCUGCCGUCGUCGCGGUACAAGGGCGUGGUGCCGCAGCCGAACGGGCGUUGGGGCGCUCAGAUCUACGAGAAGCACAACCGCGUCUGGCUCGGCACGUUCGAUGACGAGGCCGAGGCUGCUCGAGUCUACGACGUCGCCGUCCAGCGCUUCCGCGGCAGAGAUGCCGUCACCAACUUCAAACCCCUCUUCGAGUCCUCGGCCCCCGACGCCGCGGCCGAACAGGCGUUCAUCGCCUCGCGCUCGAAGGACGAGGUCGUCGACAUGCUCCGUAAGCACACCUACCCAGACGAGCUGCAGCAGAGCAAGCUAAAGCGGGGGACGAAACAGCGGUCGAGCGGCGGCCUCGGGCUCGGUUCGCCGGGAUUUGGAGCGGCGGCGCCGCAGCACAGGGUGAAGCUCUUCGAGAAGGCGGUGACGCCGAGCGACGUGGGGAAGUUGAACCGGCUGGUGAUCCCGAAGCAGCACGCGGAGAAGCACUUCCCGGCGAUGACGGCCGCCGCUAAGGGCAUGCUUCUCCACUUCGAGGACGCCGUCGACGGGAAGGUGUGGCGGUUCCGGUACUCGUACUGGGGCAGCAGCCAGAGCUACGUGCUGACCAAGGGAUGGAGCAGGUUCGUGAAGGAGAAGGGUCUCAGGGCCGGCGACGUCAUCACCUUCCAGCGCUCCACCGGCGCUGAGAAGCUGCUCUUUAUCGGGUGGAGGACCCGCUCCGGCCAAGGUCGGCGCACGCCGACGGUGGUAUCCGCGACGCCCAACCCCGCUGUCGAGGUCGUGAGACUUUUUGGGGUCGACAUCGUUGUUAGGAUGCCGGCGGCCGGCGGAGCCGAGGCAAAGGGGAACAAGCGCGUAGAUUUGAGCUUGACGGACGAAAGAUUACUCAAGAAGCAAUGCACGGAGACUAAUCUUUGGUCGGCUGUUAAUUCGAUCGGUUAAUUGAUUUACGAAGAACUCAAAAAAAAAUCAGGUUUUUGUAAAUGUUCAGGUGCACAUCAAUGGCUGAGAUAUGGCAAUUGAGUUGAAUCUAUUGGAAGAACUAAUAAGAAAAAUCAAUCAUAUCUAAAGAUUAAAAGAAAAAAGAAAAGAAAAACAAAAAAGGAAGAAGAAGAAGAAGAAGAAGAAGAAUUGCGGCUUAUUCGUUUUUGAUCUCGACUUCUGAACAUUGAAUGCUGAUCAUCGAGUGCGCAUUCGAAUACUUUGACACCAGCGGUACUUUUGGGCAGUCUAAAUUCUCUGCGAUCAUAGAAAAAGACCAAGCUCCUUUAAAAUCGUACCGUGUUGCGUAAUUUGUAGAGUUGA